AUGGGGCCACCAAAGCCACCAGAGGCCACCACAGGAGGAGCCAAGGCCACUAAGGGCCACCAAAGUGACCCAGGGGCCACCAGGGGCCACCCAAGGACCACUGGGACACUCCAGGGGCCACCAAAGGGAUCCAUGGGACCACCAAGGGCCACCACAGGGCCACCAAAAGCCACCAAGGGCCACCAAAGGGAUCCAUGGGCCACCAAGGGCACCAUGGGACCACCAAGGCCACUACAUGGCCACCAAAAGCCACCAAGGGCUACCACAGGAGAAGCCAAGGCCACCAAAGUGACCCAGGGGCCACCAGGAGCCACGAAAAGCCACCAAGGGCCAUCCCAAGAGGAGCCAAGGCCACCAUUGGGACAGUCAGGGCCACCACAGGGCCACCACAGGAGGGGCCAAGACCACUACUGGGCCACCAAAGUUACCCAGGGGCCACCCAAGGAUCACUGGGGCCACCCCCAAGGCCACAAAAGCCACCAAGGGCCACCACAGGAGGGGCCAAGACCACUACUGGGCCACCAAAGUUACCCAGGGGCCACUGAGGCCACCGUGGGACCACCAAGGGCCACUACAGGGCCACCAAAAGCCACCAAGGGCCACCACAGGAGAAGCCAAGGGGCCACCAAGGCCACCAUGGGGCCACCAAAGCCACCAAGGGCCACUAGAGGGCCACCAAAAGCCACCAAGGGCCACCCCAGGAGGAGCCAAGGCCACCACUGGGCCACCAAAGAGGAGCCAAGGGGCCACCAAGGCCACCAUGGGGCCACCAAAAGCCACCAAGGGCCACCAGAGGAGGAGCCAAGGCCACCAAGUGCCACCAAAGGGCGCGGGAGGCGCUCCGUGGCCACGCCCCCAUCCCUAAGCCACGCCCACACUGUGGCCACGCCCCCGGACCACGCCCAUGGAGGGCCACGCCCCACCCCGCGAUGGGGACCCGCCGGGAGUUUCGGGUUGAUUUGGUUCGCGCUGGGCGCGCUCGGCCCCUCCCCCACCCCCGCGGCCGGGAGCCCCGGGUGCCUCCCCCUGAACUCCACCCACUGCCGCUGCCCCCCCGGGUACGAGGGACCCCCCUGGCACCGGGACCGGCACUGGGAGAGCCUCUGCGAGGACAUCAACGAGUGUGUGGGGGAGGGGCCCCCGCCCUGCCCCCCCUCCCAGAGCUGCAACAACACCGAGGGGAGCUUCAGGACCCCUGAAAAUGGAACCAGGAUCCCCGAAAAUGGGAUCAAGACCCUCGGAAAUGGGACCAGGACCCCCGAAAAUGGGACUGGCUCCCUCGAAAAUGGGGCUGGGAGCCCCAGAAAUGGAACCAGGACCCCUGGAAACGGGGAUGGGACCCCCAAAAACGGCACCAGGACCCCUGAAAAUGGAACUGGGACCCUCGAAAAUGGAUCUGGGACCCCUGAAAGUGGAUCUGGGACCCCCGGAAAUGGCACCGAGCCCUCACUUUAUUGUGAAGACGUGGACGAGUGCUCCGAGGUGGGGGAGGGGCUCUGUGGGGGGGGCUCCGUUUGCCUCAACACCCCCGGGAGCUUCGAGUGCCACUGUCCCCCCCCCGGGAGGGGCCCCCCGGGACCGGGGGGGUGUCCAGCGGUGCCGGUGCCCCCCGAAAUCUGCGGCGAGGAGCAGGGCUGUGAUUUGGGGCAGACCCUGACCCGGAUUGCCGAGGAAUUGAGGGGGGGGCGCGACCCCCCGAGCGUCAUCCAGGAGCUGCUGGUCUCUGUUGAAUCCUCCCUGGGGGGUCCCUGGCUCUCUCUGGCCGCCCCCGAGCGGCUCCGGCGCCUCCCGGCCCUGCUGGCGGCCACCGAGGGGCUGGCGAGGGCGGCGGGGGCACGGCUGGCCAGGGGGGACGGCACUGUCACCAACGGCUCCUGGGCCAGCUCACCUGGGACAGCUCUGUCCCUGGCCGUGUCCCGAGGUCCCCUCCCCUCCCCGGUGACUUUGGGGGUCCCUGAGGUGACGCUCGAGGUCCCUCCCGAGAUGGCCCUGGACCAGGACAGCGGCCUGUCCCUGGUGGCCCUGCUGACCCUCGGGACCCUCCCCCCUCUCCUCCAGGGGGGUCCCCCCGUGCUCUGGGGGGGUUGGGGGUCCCUGCCCCGCCCCCCCCGCCGGGGCCGCGCCUUCCCCUCCCAGCGGCUCCUGUCGCCCGUGGCCACCGCGCUGCUGGCCCGGGGGGGGGAGGGGGUCGUCUGUGCCUUCUGGAACCCGGGGAGGGGGCGCUGGGACACCAGGGGGUGUCGGGAGGUGCCCCCCAAAAACGGGGACCCCAAAAUCAGGGACCCCGAAAUCCCCCCCGGCACCAUCUGCGCCUGCAACCACCUGACCAGCUUUGCUGUGCUACUGGCCUUCAACGAGAUCCAGGACCACUGGCUGCUGGACCUGGUGACCCAGGUGGCCCUGGGGGUGUCAAUGGCGUCCCUGGACCACUGGUUGCUGGACCUGGUGACGCAGGUGGCCCUGGGCAUGUCACUGGACCACUGGCUGCUGGACCUGGUGACGCAGGUGGCCCUGGGCGUGUCCGUGGUGGCCCUGGUGGCCCUAGGGUGUCACAGGUGA